AUGGCCACUCGAUUGCCAGCAUGUGUGAUCGACAACGGCAGUGGAUAUACAAAGCUGGGAUAUGCAGGGAACACCGAGCCUCAGAUGAUCAUUCCGUCGGCUAUUGCUGUCAAAGAUCAACGACAACAAUUUGGAAGCAAAAUCGGGGAUCUUGACUUCUUUAUUGGAGACGAAGCACUAUCUCCUUCUGCUGCUAAUUACUCUGUAAAGGUUAGCUGAAGUUAUAUUUUUUUAUAUUUAAUUUUAGUAUCCAAUUAGGCAUGGAAUCGUUGAAGAUUGGGAUUUGAUGGAAAAGUAUUGGUCUCAAUGCAUCUUCAAGUAUUUGCGAGCAGAGCCAGAAGAUCAUUACUUCCUUUUAGUAAGUUAGGUUGAUUUUAUUAUUUAUUUUAGACGGAACCUCCACUUAAUACUCCGGAGAAUCGCGAAUAUACAGCCGAAAUUAUGUUCGAGUCCUUCAAUGUGCCUGGGCUUUAUAUCGCCGUCCAGGCUGUCUUAGCGUUAGCAGCAAGUUGGCAAUCAAGGGCCGAGAAUAACUUGACGGGACUUGUAAUUGACUCAGGAGACGGAGUCACUCAUUGUAUCCCUGUAGCUGAUGGCUACGUUAUUGGAUCUUGUAUUAAGCAUAUCCCCAUUGCUGGUAGAGACGUUACUUACUUUAUACAACAAAUGCUUAGGGAAAGGGAGCUCAACCUUCCAGCUGAACAAUCAUAUGAAGUAGCCAAAACAAUUAAAGUAAGAAAAUUGGAGAUUGACAAAAAAUUUAAUUUCUUUCAGGAACAAUAUUGCUAUGUCUGUCCUGAUAUCCAAAAAGAAUUUUUUAAAUACGAUUCGGAUUACUCAACUUACAUGAAGCAAUACGUUGGUGUGAAUAAUAUAACGAAGCAGCCUUUCAAGGUUGAUGUUGGAUAUGAGAAGUUUUUGGGUCCAGAGAUCUUCUUUCAUCCUGAAGUGAGUAUUCUGUUAAUGUCAUAUUUUAAUUUAUUUAGUUUGCUAACCCCGACUUUACCACAUCUCUUUCGGAGACCGUCGAUUCCGUCAUCCAGCAAUGCCCGAUCGAUGUCCGAAGAAGUCUUUACGAGAAUAUUGUUCUUUCUGGCGGCUCUACAAUGUUUAAUCAUUUCUCCAAAAGACUGCAAAGAGAUGUGAAGCGAGUGUCUGAUCAGAGGUUGUUACUGAGUGAGCAAUUGUCUGGAAAUCGAGUAAAGCCGAAGCCAAUUGAUGUGAAUGUGAUCUCCCACAAGAUGCAGAGAUACGCCGUCUGGUUCGGAGGGUCCAUGCUGGCCUCCACUCCCGAGUUUUAUCAAGUUGCUCACACAAAAGAAGAGUAUAUGGAGAAGGGAGCAAGUAUUUGUCGGCACAAUCCAGUCUUUAGUGCUGUAACUUAUUGAUUUCUUAUUUUGUAUCGUAUUUAUUUGAACUCUGAAUAAAAUGAACCUGUUUUUUAGAAGAGAAAGCAAGAUAAUCUGAGGUAAAUGUCACCAAAAGUAUUGCACGUGUUCAUAUAACUGUACGUGUUUCAGAAAUGUCCUUGGAAUUGCCCGUCCGAAGAUACGAUAAGAGUCUGUUUGUGCAGACACAGCAAUUGCAGAAUAAAAUCUCCAAACAAAACCGGGUACAAGGGAGUCAGGCCAUUUCUUUGGGUGGAAAUGUAGGUGCAAUUGUAUUUCUUUUUAAUCUCCUUUAGGUAACUUUAAUGGAAAAUGUAACUGUUCGAGGGGACCUGUGCACUGUUCAAGUGGGAAACUUUUGUUUUUUGGAGAAGAAUGUGGUAGUGAGACCUGGCCGGAAAAAUUUCAAGGGUGGCAUCAAUCAUUUCCCUAUCAGAAUUGGUCAUCGUGUCGUAAUAAAAGAAGUAGGUGGUCUUUUAAUCAAAAUAUUAUCUCAUUCUAUUCUCUGAGCUUGCUUUAUUGUUAUAGGAUAGUGUUGUGAGUGCUGUGGAGAUAGGUUGUUAUGUUUACAUUGGAAAGAACGUGAUCAUUGGGCAAUGUUCCGUGAUCAAGGACUGUUGUUACAUCAUGGAUGACAGCGUCUUAUCGCCCGAUUCUGUGAUUGCACCUUUCUCUAUCGUCGCGGGUAACCCGGGUAUGUCUGUCCUUAUUUUUCAUGUCUGGAUUAUAAGGAAUUUCCCGAAAAAUUACUGGAGAUAUUUUAGCCAAAGUGGUGGGUCAGAUGCCAGUGAAUACGGUGAACCUGAUGACUGAUCUCACAAACGAACUUUAUUACAAAUUCGUUCCUUCACUUCCGGGGGAGAGAUGA